AUGCGGUCGACCACACAUCGGCGCACCCAUUAUCACGACGACGACGACCUCGCUGACCCGAGGCCUUGGGAGACACGCGUCCCUCCCUCGAGAUACGGCUCUGGAAGCGACAGGGCCGCAGCACCAGAUCUCCCCCUCUACACCAUGGAGAAGGAGAAGGAGAAUGAGAAGGAUCUCGCCGAGGCCGCUGGCGAGACUGCUCCGCUCAAUGACGACGGGCAGGGCAAGUGGGACAAGGGGCACGGCGUCGGACCCGGCAUCGGCGGGAGGCGCGGUCUUCCACCACGACAAAGGCUCAAUGGCUGGCAAGGAGUAUACCAGGAGAACGAGGAGCUUGUGUGGACCGGCUUGUACACAUUGUUGAGCAUGAUCACGCGUUUCUGGCGCAUCGGCGCGGCCAACUUUGUGGUGUGGGACGAAGCACACUUUGGCAAGUUUGGCUCCCACUACAUCAACCGCGACUUUUACUUUGACGUGCACCCGCCACUGGGCAAGAUGCUCGUCGGCUUUGCUGGCCUCGUCUCUGGCUACAACGGUGGUUUCGAAUUCAAGUCCGGAGUCGAGUACCCCGACAGUGUGCCGUACACCGCCAUGCGCGUCAUUCUCGCCAGCUUUGGCGUCGCUCUCGUUCCCAUUGCGUGGUUGACCACUGGCGAGCUUGGCUGGUCCCGUUACACGCGCCACUGGGUUACACUGUGUGUCCUCUGCGACAUUGGCUGGCUGUGCAUAUCGCGCUUCAUCCUGCUCGACUCGAUGCUCCUGUUCUUCACUUUCACCACGGUUCUAGGCCUCGUCAAGUUCCACAACCAGCGCCACCAGCCGUUUGCGGAUGACUGGUGGAUCUGGCUCGUGUUUACCGGCUGGUCAAUUGGCUGUGUGCUCUCCGUCAAGUGGGUCGGCCUAUUCGGCGUUGCCCUCGUCGGCCUGUACACGAUCGAGGACCUGUGGGACAAGUUUGGCGAUCUUUCGAUGCCGGUCCGCACGUACGCCAAGCACUGGGCUGCUAGGAUUAUGUGCUUAAUCAUGCUCCCGUUCCUCAUUUACGCGGCCUGCUUCAAGAUCCACUUCCUCAUCCUCAACCGGUCGGGGCCAGGUGACGCGCAGAUGAGCUCGCUCUUCCAGGCGGGCCUUCGCGGCAACGACUUUGCCCAGUCGCCCCUCGAGGUCGCGUACGGCUCGCGGCUUACGCUCAAGAACUUUGGCUACGGCGGCGGUCUCCUCCACUCGCACGUCCAGACCUACCCGACCGGCUCGAUGCAGCAGCAGAUCACCUGCUACCACUACAAGGACAUGAACAACGACUGGAUCGUGACGCUUCCCUGGGGUGCCGAGGAGACCAACCCCGACGACAUCCGUUACCUCCAGGACGGCGACGUCAUCCGUCUCGUGCACUCGGCAACGGACCGCCAGCUGCAUUCGCACCCGCUCGCGGCGCCCGUGACCAAGGAGGACUGGGAGGUCUCGGGCUACGGCAACCAAACGAUCGGCGACGAGCAGGACCACUGGGUCGUCGAGGUCGUCGACGACACGCAGCGCAAGAAGUCGUCGCAGGAGGGGCGCAUCCACGCCCUCACGACCCGCAUGCGCUUGCGCCACAAGAACCUCGGGUGCUACCUGCGCGCGGCCAACUCGGUGCUCCCGCAGUGGGGCUUCAAGCAGGUUGAGGUGUCGUGCACCAAGACCAACGACCCCAAGGAUGUGCACACGUACUGGAACGUCGAGUCGCAUUGGAACGACAAGCUGCCUCCCGGUAACCUCAAGAUGUACCGCUCGCCAUUUUGGCGUGACUUUGCUCACCUCAACGUCGCGAUGUGGACGUCCAACAACGCCCUUGUUCCCGACCCGGACAAGGAAGACAUUCUCGCGUCCAAGCCCAGCGACUGGCCAUUCCUCCACCUCGGCCUGCGCAUGUGCGGCUGGGGCGAUAACCAGAUAAAGUUCUACCUCCUGGGCACACCGCUCGUGUGGUGGUGGAGCAGCCUGUGUGUUCCCGGCCUGCUGCUGAUUGCGGGCUGGUUCCUGCUCCGCAUGCAGCGCCAUUACAAGGACUGGGCGCCGGGAGAGUGGGACCACUUCCUCUACGUGUGCAAGGUCUCGUUCUUCGGGUGGUUCCUGCACUUUGCCCCGUUCCUCAUCAUGGGCCGCGUGACCUACCUGCACCACUACCUGCCGACGUUGUGGUUCGCCGUCCUGAUGGCCGGGCAGGUCCUCGACCUGUUCUUCUUUGGCUCUACGCGCUGGUCGGCCAAGGCCAAGCUUGUAUGGUUUGUCUUGUGGACGGGUGCGCUCGUCGUCAACUUCUGGUGGUUCAAGGACCUCGCUCUUGGCGUUCACGGCAACGUAAACGACCACCCUGGCUGGCAGUGGCGCCGGUCGUGGAACAUUUACAACGGGUCCUAA